AUGAAUGAUCAAAAACGGGCAUCAUUAAACCUAUCAAAAAAUAAUAAGUAUAAUUAUGAACAUAAAAAUAAUUAUAGUUAUAAUACAAUUAAUAAGACUAAUCAAGGUAUAUCUAAAAAACGCAAUAGUUAUAGUAAGAAAAACGUCCCUACCAUAAAAGAGCACAACAAUAAUAAAAAUCAUAAUAAUAAAAUUAAUAGUAAUAAUAAUAAUAAUAAUAAUAAUAAUAAAAAUAAAUGUGCUAAUAAUAACAAUCAUUUAAAUAAAAACAAUAGUGUAAGUAAUAAAAAUAAUAAUAUAAGUGAUAAAAAUCAAAAUAAUAAUAAUAUUAAUAUUAAUAAGAGAUCUAGUAUUUCGAAAGGUACAAGUAGGAGACACAAUCAUAAUCACAACAAUCAUAAUAAUAAUAAUAAUAAUAAUAAUAAUAAUAAUAACAACAACAACAACAACAACAAUAAUAAUAAUAAUAAUAAUAAUAACAACAAUAAUAAUAAUAAUAAUAAUAAUAAUGAUGACUAUUAUUCAAUCCUUGAAGAACUAGCUAAUUUAGAAAAGCCAAAAUUUAGAUCAGUUCAAGAAAGUAUGGAUGAAAAUUUAAAUUUAGAAUUUUUAAAAUCAUCUAGCGAAAAUUAUACAUAUAAAAUAACUUCUAGGGGACCUGUAUGCUAUUCAGCAUUGUACAGAGAUAACAAAUAUGUAUAUCGACAUAUAAUAUUAAGUGAUAAUGUUAGACAGUAUGCAGAAAACAAGGUAAGGAAAACAAAUGCAUAUCUCACAGAACAAUGUAUCGUUAAUGAAUUACAAAUUGAUAUAGGAAAAGGAUGGAAACAUUUUUUGAUAUAUGAUGGAAAAUUAAGAGAACUCAUUUUACGAAAAAAUUUAACAAAUGAAGAUAAAUUAAGAAUGGCAGUUCAUAUGCAAAAAAAUCAUUAA